UUCGAGGCUCCCCGGUCCGCGGCGAAUAGGAGCGGAGCGGAGGCGGUGCCUUGUGCUCGGCGGGAAAAUGGCGAUGGCUGCUGCUGCUGCUGGGCUUUUCGGGCGCUUGAAGGAACUGGGCUGCCCUGCACUAGAUGGUGUCUACCUGUCAGAGGCUAAAGACAUACAGAAGUUGCUAUGCGCUCCCUCCCCGCAUCGCCUGGACAUACUGGAAUGGAUUUGCGGCAGUGUGUCUCCAGCCCACCGAAAGCAGUUGUCAUCUCUUGGAGAAUCACAGUCGGAUUUGAAGAUAAAAGCAAUGGCAAACUUGGGAUAUCACCUGAUGCUCUGUCGAGCCAAUGACUUGGAUCUCAUUGAGGGAAAGGUCUCUGCGCAGGAGCAGCUCCACUUCCUGGAACAACUAGUGGCUGUGAUUCCUGCUCAAGCACUCAGCGCAGUGGAAUCUUUCCAAGAGAUAGGUAGGAAGAAUGAGGCAUUUAUCAAGCAGGUUUUCACCAGCCCUUACCUGCAGAGUGUGCUGAACCCAGAGUGCCAUCCCUGGCCUUCCGACAUCAAGGGCCUCCUGUUGAGAGAAGAUGUGCGGCAGGAAAGGUCCCUUCUGUCCGUGACUUCUCAUGAGGAAACCCUGCUAGAGGCAUCGAAGGAGCUGGAAGAGGUGGUGGCAGCUCUACAAGAUCUCAGGAAAGAGUGUUCCUUCCUGCAUGGGGAUCCGGCUGGUGCAGAUGCAUCCUCUGUCCAUGCCACAGCUCUGCAGACCCUCAGACUGAUGGCUUCCGAUUUCAGCCAGCUGCUUGUGGCCUUCAGCCAGGUGUAUGAGCGCCAACUGCAACAGCAUUGUGAGCGCCCGGCUCCUGUGCUGAGCUGCCUUGGCCCCUUUGUCCAAGAGGUCCACCUUGGCCUGCAGCUCUGUGUGCAGGAGUUGCAGGCUUUGCUCCAGGUUAAAGAAACUUCAGAGUGCAUCGUGAACACCGUGAAACAGAAGGAGCAGGGGAAAAGGUUUUGGAGCGGCAGUUCCAAAGCCACACUGUCUUCAAAACUUGAAGAGUUGCAACAGAAGUACAAGGCUAUCCAUGCAGCACUCAAGAAGUGCCAACAGCCCUGAGUUCCAGUCGUCUGCAAAUUGUAGGAUAUUAUGGAGGAAAAGACUUGCCUGUUGCGUUCCUAAAUUUAAAUAUAUUCUUCUGUAUAUAUUCUUUUGUGAGAAUAAAGAGCAUGUUUGUA